CCUUUUUUUUUACUUUUUCCACCCUCUCUGCCACUCACUUUCUCGGUGGAGUGUUGCAGAGCAGCGAUGGUGUCAAAAUCAAGCGACUCUGCCUCUAAAUUCAGAGUCAGUUUCCUCACUAUAUUCAUUUCUCUGAUAUCUAAAUCAGAUGGAGAACCAUCAAAUAACGGUAUUGGAAACCUGACAUACAAGAUGAAUCAGCUUAAAAAACAAAUUCAAGCGGAAAGGGUUGUUUCGAUAAAGGAUAAAGUUGAGAGAAACAGAAGGAAACUUGUAGCUGAUGUUUCUCAGCUAAGAUUAGCAACUUCAAGAACGUUUGUGGGGCAGAAUGGAGUUUCUAAAAUGAUUUCUUUGAGGAUCGGAGCUCCUCUUUGCAAGUAUGGUGGAUUCGCUCAAGGAUCGGGUGAUAGAGAUCUUAUCAAUGGUCAUGAAGUAGCAGUCUCAACAAGUACCAAGCUUCCGUUUGUAGAGAAGAUACCUCCGUAUACUACCUGGAUUUUUUUGGACAAGAAUCAGAGGAUGGCUGAAGACCAGUCAGUGGUUGGCAGGAGACGCAUAUACUAUGAUCGACAUGGCAGUGAAGCUCUGAUUUGUAGUGACAGCGAAGAAGACAUAGAACCAGAGGAAGAGAAACAUGAAUUUUCUGAGGGCGAAGAUCGCUUUUUAUGGAUGGUCUUUCAGGAACUUGGACUAGCUGAGGAGGUGCUGAAUAUUGUUAGCCAGUUUAUUGGAGUUGGCACUUCAGAAAUCCAGGAGCGUUGUAGGAUGCUCGCCGAAAAAUAUAGCAAUGACCAAAAUGUCAAAGAUUCUAUUGAUUCAGUAUCUGAGAGGGGCAUAUCUCUGGAAAAGACUCUUAGUGCUGCAUUAGAUUCUUUUGAUAACCUAUUCUGUCGCCGUUGCUUGCUAUUUGACUGCCGCCUCCAUGGCUGUUCCCAAACUUUGAUCAAUCCUAGUGAAAAGCAGUCAUGCUGGUCUGAAUAUGAAGAUGACAGGAAACCUUGCAGUGAUCAAUGUAGCCUUCAGCUAAGAGUUCUCAAAGACUUGCCUGAAGGUUCUGUUAAUAGUCCCUUGCAUAGGACAGAAACUGCAACUUCAGCAGAGGAAAAAAAGACUGCGGCAGCUUCAGAUGCUGAAGAGCCAAGCAGUGUAGACCUCAUGAUAGAUGAAAGACAUAUUUCAGAGAAAGAAAUAAAUGUUAUUUCAGAAGCUGUUGGUAACUUGGAACCUGCUUCUGGAGCUCUGAAUUUGGAUAUUUCUGCUAUGGUGAUUCAUAACCAAGAAUACAUGCGAAAGCGCAAAGUGUCACAAUGUACAGAUAUAGCAUCAGAUGACUCGUCAAAGUUUCCUGAAGAUACACAGGAUUUUAGUAAGAAACAGAAAAGAUUAUUGCAUUUGGAUGUCGCUGCUGAAGAUAUAUCAAGUCCUGAUUGUGGGUCAACUGCUAAAAAAGCAACUGAUCAAAUUGAAUUUCAGAUGACCACAAAAAAGACUACCGAUGUUUCCUUUGAAAUUGCUUCUUCUGGCACUGAGGAGAACAUUGGGGAUGGAUCAAAGGAUGUCUUUGAAGUGCCCGAACCAAAACGGUCAUCCUCGUUAGAAAGACAAGUGGAAGGGGUUUUAAAAAAGUCUGAGUGGAAGCCUAUUGAAAAAGAACUUUAUCUGAAGGGAGUGGAGAUAUUCGGGAAAAACAGUUGUCUUAUUGCAAGGAACUUACUUUCAGGCUUAAAGACUUGUAUAGAGGUGUCCAGUUACAUGUGUGAAAGUGGAGCUAUGAUGCCUCAUAGAUCUGUUGCACCAAGAUCAUUUCUAGAAGACAGUGGGAAGAUUGAUAUAGAUUAUGCGGAGCAAGAUAUGCCAACAAGAUCACGUUUACUACGUAGGAGGGGAAGAGCACGGAAACUUAAAUAUUCUUGGAAGUCUGCUGGUCAUCCAUCAUUUUGGAAAAGAAUUGCUGAUUGCAAAAAUCAGUCCUGUAAGCAGUAUACACCUUGUGGAUGCCAAUCAAUGUGUGGAAAACAGUGCCCUUGUCUGCAUAAUGGAACUUGCUGUGAGAAAUAUUGCGGGUGCUCAAAAAGUUGCAAAAAUCGCUUCAGAGGAUGCCACUGUGCAAAGAGCCAAUGCAGAAGUCGACAAUGCCCAUGUUUCGCUGCUGGACGCGAAUGUGACCCGGAUAUUUGUAGGAAUUGUUGGGUUAGCUGUGGAGAUGGUUCAUUAGGAGAGCCUCCGAAACGAGGAGAUGGCCAAUGUGGAAACAUGAGGCUUCUUCUAAGGCAGCAGCAGAGGAUCCUCUUGGCAAAAUCUGAUGUUGCUGGAUGGGGAGCCUUUUUAAAGAACCCCGUCAACAAAAAUGAUUAUCUUGGAGAAUAUACUGGUGAAUUGAUCUCUCAUCGAGAAGCAGAUAAGCGUGGGAAGAUUUACGACCGUGCCAAUUCAUCAUUCCUUUUUGACUUGAAUGAUCAGUUUGUCCUUGAUGCUUACCGGAAGGGGGAUAAGCUGAAAUUUGCGAACCAUUCAUCAAAUCCUAAUUGCUAUGCAAAGGUAAUGUUGGUAGUAGGAGACCAUCGAGUAGGCAUCUUUGCAAACGAGCAAAUAGAAGCUAGCGAGGAGCUAUUCUAUGAUUAUCGUUAUGGGCCAGACCAGACACCUGCAUGGGCUCGAAAACCCGAAGGUUCCAAAAGAGAUGAUUCCACAGUUUCCCAAGGUAGAGCAAAGAAACACCAAUCUCACUGAUUGAUUAUUGGCAUGGCUUGAUGUUAUGGAGCAUGUUUCUGUAAUUGUAGGGUGUAUUUUACCAGUCACUUGUCAUAAUGAACAUAAGCGUAUACUGAGCUAUGCCUGGCAUAUAUUUACUUGUACAUAUGCACGCGCGUGCUUCCUGUGAAUUUGACUUUUUCAAUAAGACAGGCUAGCAAAGGUCAAACAUUAUUAUAGAUAUUGAGAUUGAAACUGAUCUUUCAGUUUCCUGUAGAAGGCAACAAUAGAGGAUGAAAUAUGCUGUUUUCCAUUUAUAA